AUGACAGCUACCCCAACGUCCUCACCGCCGUCCCCCUCGUCGCAGAAGCCGCGCGUCUGCACGCGCGAAGCCUGUGACACAUGCCGGGACAAGAAGGCAAAGUGCAGCGGUGACAGGCCAUGCACGCGAUGCGCCCAGCGAAACAUUGACUGCGUCUAUGAGAGCCGCCAUUAUCGCACCAAACGAAGCCUGCGUGAUGAGAUUGCAGCCCUGAGACAGAAGAACCUGGAAAAGGACGAGGCCAUUGAGGAACUGCGCCGCCAAGACGCCAACCCCAACCCCAACCAAGAUCGAGCCCAGCUUGCCCUCCUGUCGCCGCAGAGCCCCGUCUAUAGCACGCACGACCGCCACCACGCAGUCUCAACAGCCCCGCCCUCAUCACGGUACCAGUCUCCCUCCUUCGACGCCUACCAUCUGCCCGACGCCAAUGGUGCCUUUGCCGACCCGAACUCCGAGUCUGCGCAGUCUUACUCUGGAUCGAGGCAGCUGGCCACCGAUCUCUUGCAGCCCGAUUCUACCGUGUCGUCACAGGCUGUACCUCUGCUCAAUGCCACCAACAUGCCUUCAGGCGGAUAUGACCCUGGCUUCUCCAUGCCCUGGUCUGGGCUCUCUCAGGCUCAAGGCGUCGGUUCCAUGGCCCCAUCCGAAUCGACACGCUCUUUUUAUGCCGGCCUCGAUGCGAUAUCUCUGGGCCAAGGCGUCAACCCCAUGUUCACAUUGCACAACCCAGAUGCUUACAGAAUGGCCAACAAGACCAUGGGCGUGCCGCAGGCCGGUGUCGACCAGCCCUGGGACGUCUAUCAUGCCGACAAACCUGCGUAUGCCGCCGUCUCACCCGUCUCGGCGUCAGAAAAUGCGACACUGACUGCGCCAACACCUCCCUUAUCCCCCUCGACCUCUCUGGCUGGCCUCAACGACAUGGCUCCUCCCUCGCCGACCGCCGAGCAUCGACCUGCCUCCCGUGAGCGCCACCGUCUCGCCUCGGCCCGCAACUGGCGCAAGCAAAAGUCAGCUGCCGCCGACCUGCAGGCAGAGGGCCAGCGUGUCGAGGCUGAGCACUCGGCCCUGCAGUCGCAGUAUGCCGAGGUCGCCGAGCAGGUGCGCUUUGUCAAGCACGCCCUCCUCGGCCACGCCGCGUGCCAUGACCCUGCCAUCAGCAGGUGGUUGGACAAUGAGGCGCAAAGCGUUGGCAGCCGACAGGCGAGACCUGAAGAGCAGGUCGGCCACGGCACAGUGAAGCGUAACCACGCCGACGCUGUUGAGCAAGCUGGCUCGGCGAAGAGCCAGAAGCAGACCAUUUGUGCGUAG